AUAUACACUCAUAUAUGAGACAGAGCGCUAUAUAAAUGCAAUCUGUUUUUGUUAUCAUUAUUAUUAUAUUAUUCACAACCAUAAUGAAGAAACAUGUCUGAAAUCUAUGACUAUGCUGUUCUUAAAUUUGUACAAAAAUACUGCUGGUUAGGUUUUGAAAACAAUCUGUUAGUAAUAAAUCGGAAGAUUAAAAUAAAACUCGAGUACCCGAGUUAUGUCAAAUGCUCGAGCUUAGCAUCGCAAGAAAAGAAUGCUCGAUUAUGCAAGUAUCUAGCGGUGAGAGAACAGGACAAAAAAAAUCACAAAACUACGAUCUUUGGUUUCGGUUUGUGGAACUGGUGGAUCAGUUCUUCCCGUUGUCACUUUCCACAAUUCACUCACAUACGGCACUGUGAGUGUGAGUAUUUCCGUUUUCCUAAUUUUACGAGUGACAUUCUUUCGAGUCCUCCUUCUAGGUCUAUCCGUUUCUGAUAGGAGAGAGCACGUCAUCUCGAAAGUCCGUUCCAUCACAUCUUUUGUCGACAAGAAGUUGAGAACAGAGUGUUCACGUGUGGGAACCAUGGGUCCGAAGAAGAUGCAGUAUAUCCCAGGUCUGACCCAGAGGCCAGAUGAUAGUGAAUUUCCUGUACCGGAACCAGAAGAGACGGAGGAUGACAUUCUCAUACGUGAGUUUCUGAAGGGCAAGAAGAACCCGACCAUGUGUCUUCAUGAGUACUGCUCUCGGAACCGCAUGCAGCUGGAUUUUCGCGAGGAGGCGGCAGAGCACAGACCCGGCUACAUCGGCAGGUUUGGAAUUCGUGUGAUCAUCGACGGGCAGAGUUAUCUCCAGGGAGUGGGCCAAAACAAGAAAGAGGCCAGAAACGAGGCCAGCAGGCUGGCGUUCCGGGCUCUGGUUGGUUUGGAUGACUUUGUUCCAGUGGAAGAAAAGUCAGAGGAGUCUGAGGACAGAUUCUUGGAAGUUCGCAGGUUACGAGACCUGUGUAAGGAAAGAGAUCUAAUAUAUAACUCCUCAGUUGAUGUGGAUCCAGACGGCUUGCACCGCUGCGUGGUCGCUGUUGCGGGCCAGGACCAGGUGGUUGAGAAGGGGCCGGAUAAAGACCGGGUCAUUUUGGCCGCUCACUCACAGGCUAUUGUGAUGUUGGGAGAGGCAGCCACGGCUCAUGUAGACACACUGUAUGCCGAGGGGGCAUUCCCUGCCUUGGAAAUGCCAGUACUUGCCCCUAACCCCGAGAUUGCACAGAAAAGACAGGACAUUGUCUAUGAGACGUUUGAAUUGCGACUGCAGCUUUUGCCGCCAUACUUCUCCCAAAUGGAGCACAAAAUUGCGGCCUUCUUCUUGUGCAGCAGCCAGGGUGGAGUGGGAGAAUUGGUGGCUCUGGGUACAGGGAGCUGUUCUAUUGCUGCAGAGCACGUGACCGUCGAUGGCCGCAGUCUUCUUGAUUCCACUUGUCUCACUGUGGCCAGACGAUCCCUCUUGAGAUACUUAGCUCAAGAAAUGCUGAACCUUCAUGAGGGAAAGAGUAGCAUAUUCAUGUGGGCCCCCGAUGACUCCAACAAGAUGCAACUGGCAGAUGGCAUGAGUUUACACCUGUACCUUAGCCACCCUCCAGAUGGGGACUACCAGGAUUUUCUUGAAGGGUCCACUAGUCCAACCCCAGAGGAACAGCAAACGAUUGACCAGGGUGGUCACCUCCCGACAUUUACAAAUGAUCUUCAUGGCAUGUUGAAGUGCAGAACUGAGAAAGGAGUCGUGGAGAUGACCCACCACGUGGAGAGCCAGACGAGUCUGGCGCUGGUCAAGGAGAAAAACGAAAUACGAGUGAUGAGUCAGUCGGACAAACUGCUUCACUGGAACAUCGUUGGGCUGCAGGGGGCAGCACUCAGUCUGUUCACACACCCGAUCUACUUGUCGUCCAUUUCUCUCGGAUUUCAUCCCCAAAACAACCAUGGCCACCUGUGUCGUGCUCUGUGCUGUCGGGUUUACAAUGAGCUGUCGGAUGAGCUUCCUGCCCCGUACCGCAUCUCGCACCCUGUCCUUCAGUUUUGUCCUCGCAGGGCACAGCUGCGGCUGUCUCAUUUGUACAGCCAACAGUCAAACAUCAGCAUCAACUGGAACUGCUAUGACUCUCUUUUGGAAUUGGUGGAUGGGGACAAGGGAAGAACAAAUGAAAUAUCUCCUUUCAAAGUGUCCCGGUCUCCAGGCUGUGCCAGCCGACUGUGUAAAACAGCCAUGCACAUGAAAUGGUUUAUGGACCUUUGCAAAGCGGAGCGUAGAGGGAAAGCUGAAUUCUUUCGUGGCAAGACUCCCGCAGAUGUGAAGGCUGCUGCCAGUGACUACCAGCUGAGCUCAAGAGCCUUUGUCCAGCACUGUGAACACCAUGGGGUUGGCAAAUGGAUGCAUGUACCUCCUGAAGUGAACUAUUUUAUGAAAUGAUAACAACUCUUGUAUAAUUUUGUAAUAAUAAUAUAAUAGCUUUUGUAUUGGGCAAAGUCCCACUCAACAGUCAGAAAGCUGUAUGUGUGCCAUUACCCCAUUUGCUGUUAUGAUUUUUCUUUGAAGUAAAGCAGGUUAUUUUUUUAUGGAGGGGUUCCAAUAUACAAGGGAAAACUACAGCUCCACAACACUGAGAGGUUUUUAUACUGGGAAGAGUUAUUUCUCUUGUUCAACAGCAGAGAAAGAAAAA